UGCUACGGGGCCGACCGACAGGACAGAGGACACAGGUUUCAGUGCAGGAACGUUUAUUUUCUCCAGACACACCCAAGACACACGUGCAGAACCUUCUCCCAGCAGCAGCAGCCCCUUUCUGCUGUGCAGCCAUGACUUAUCAAGCCAGGCAGGGUGGAUUGGUUGAUUGGGGCCACCUGUGCCCCAAUCAACCUGAGUGGCUGCAGCUCCUCCACCCUGCCACACACCCCCAUCGCCAACCUCAGGCCGGGGACCAUCCGGCCGAGCCAACUCCCCCCCGCCCCCCUCGGAGCGGGAGAGGAAGCCAGGAACCGCAGACUGCGCCUCCGGGCCUUCCCGGUUUGGCCGGCUGACGAGGCCGGUCGGGAGGUCGCCCUCGGCGACGGGCCGACCACAGAGACCGGUCGGGAGGUCGUCCUCGGCGACGGGCCGACCACAGAGACCGGUCGGGAGGUCGUCCUCGGCGACGGGCCGACCGCCGAGAACGCCGCUCUCGGGACUGGGCCCAGGGUGGCCUCGGGCCAGAUGGCAUCCGCGGCGCGUCCAGGACCACCCCCUCCCCGACGCAGCACUGCUCCAGCCGUUGGUCCGCCUCUGGAGCUUGCACGUCCAGGACCGCCCCGGCGACCGACGUCUCCGCCUCCAGGAUCGGCGCCUCCUCGAUCGCCGCCUCCUCGAUCGCCGCCUCCUCCAGGACCGCCGCCUCCUCCAGGACCGCCGCCUCCUCCAGGACCGCCGCCUCCUCCAGGACCGCCGCCUCCUCCAGGACAGCCUCCUCCAGGACAGCCUCCUCCAGGACAGCCUCCUCCAGGACAGCCUCCUCCAGGACAGCCUCCUCCAGGACAGCCUCCUCCAGGACAGCCUCCUCCAGGACAGCCUCCUCCAGGGCCAGCGCCUCCAGGACCGCCGAGGGCCUCUCUAGACGGUCCCGCGCCGCUCGCCUCACGUACGGGCACGUGAAGGAAAAGGAGUCGUCCUCCGAGGACCGCCCUGGACAGUCCAGCACCCCUCGCCGCACGUCCGGGUAGCUGAAGGUGAAGGGGCGGUCCUCUGCGAGCAGAGUAGGCGGGCGACCCCACCCUGCCGGCUGCUGCGCUGCCAGCGUCUCCAGCGCUGCAGUCUGCCGCUCCGCCUGGCUCCGGAUCAGGGCCGCCAGGUCUGCCAGUUUCUGUGCCAGUGCCUCCAUCCUGUCGGGCCCCACGUUGGGCGCCAGUGUAGCACGGCGAGUGCUACGGGGCCGACCGACAGGACAGAGGACACAGGUUUCAGUGCAGGAACGUUUAUUUUCUCCAGACACACCCAAGACACACGUGCAGAACCUUCUCCCAGCAGCAGCAGCCCCUUUCUGCUGUGCAGCCAUGACUUAUCAAGCCA